GGGCCCUUCCAAUUCCAAGCCGCAACCUGUCCUCUCGCUCGCCAUCUUCUCUUAGCUCAUCUUCUCCACUCCAGGAGUAUUGUUUAUGUACGUGCUCUAUCAUCAUCAUCAUCACUUCUGUGAUCAAGCAAGCAAAUCCCCUGUUGAUUCCUAGAACUCGUCACACACCAUUCAUGUGCCUCAGCUCGCUAGUAAGCUAGCUCAUCAAUCUCGCCGCCUCAGCUAGUUUUGUCGUCCCAUGAUGCAUCAUCUUUCUUCGAGCUCUUGCUAGGCAGGUAGGUAGGCAGCCACAAGCUAAGCUCUAGUACGUCGUCACUGGACAGCUAUAAGUGCAGCACUCCAAGGGCGAGAAGAAGAAGCAUCCCAACGAGAGUGAGCAGAGGUAGGCGCCGGCGGUCAUAGAGCUGAGCUGAGGUCGUCGUGUCUCAUAGCAUGGAAGGCGCGGGAGCCGGGUGGCCGGAGCCGGUGGUGCGGGUGCAGUCGCUGUCGGAGAGCGGCGCCGCCACCAUCCCGGACCGCUACGUCAAGCCUGAGGCGGAGCGCCCGGCGACGGCGCUGGCGGACGAUGGAGCGGCGACGGCGGCUACGGAGGUGGGUAUCCCGGUGGUGGACCUGUCGUCGCCGGGCGACCCGGCGACGGUGCGUGCGGUGUCGGAGGCGUGCCGCGACUGGGGCUUCUUCCAGGCGGUGAACCACGGCGUGCCGGCGGAGCUCCUCCGUCGCGCGCGCGGCGUGUGGCGCGGCUUCUUCCGGCAGCCCAUGGAGGUGAAGCAGCGGUACGCCAACUCGCCGGCGACGUACGAGGGGUACGGCAGCCGGCUGGGCGUGGAGAAGGGCGCCGUCCUCGACUGGGGCGACUACUACUUCCUCCACGUCCGCCCGCCUCACCUCUCCGACCCCGACAAGUGGCCCUACCUCCCUCCCGAACUCAGAGGGACGACGGAGGAGUACAGCCGGGAGGUGGCGGCGCUGUGCGGUCGCCUGAUGACGGCGAUGUCUCUGGGGCUGGGUGUGGCGCCGUCGCGGCUGCACGAGGCGUUCGGCGGCGCGGAGGGCGCCGGGGUGUGCGUGCGGGUGAACUACUACCCGCGGUGCCCGCAGCCGGAGCUGACGCUGGGCCUCUCCUCCCACUCGGACCCCGGCGGCAUGACCGUGCUCCUCGCCGACGACCGCGUCCGGGGCCUCCAGGUCCGCCGCCGCGGCGCCUGGGUCACCGUCGACCCCGUGCCCGACGCCUUCAUCGUCAACGUCGGCGAUCAAAUCCAGGUGUUGACGAACGCGACGUACAGGAGCGUGGAGCACCGCGUGAUGGUGAACGCCGCCGACGAGAGGCUCUCGGUGGCGCUCUUCUACAACCCGCGGAGCGACCUCCCGCUGUCGCCCAUGCCGGAGCUCGUCUCGCCGGACCGCCCCUCGCUCUACAAGAACAUGACCUUCGACGAGUACCGCCUCUACAUCCGCCGCAAGGGGCCGCGCGGCAAGAGCCAGGUCGAAUCCCUCAAGGCCGCCGCCGUCGGCGCCGCAACAUGAAAUGCACGUAGAUGCAGCUCGAUCCGAUCGAUCAAAGAUUCUAGGUUGUGUAUGUGUGUGUGCGUGUGCGUGUGUGUAUGCUGCGGCGUCUUCUCGCAUUGCCUGCCUGCCUGCCCGAAUAAGAUUUUUAUUGCGAUUAGAUUAGUUUAGCCUAGGGGAGUGGUUGGACUCAAAAAAAAUCUAUCGGUUAUCUUUGGCAUGGUUCUCAUCAAAUGAAGAAUUAUUGGUCCUUAAUUA